GCACAACUGCCUUUUGCAUUGCACACAGCUGCACCAUUGGCCCAUGGCUGUGGCGCAAGUAGUUGGGGCCACUGGUCAAUUUGAGGACUGCUGUGAGGGCCGUUUGUUGGGUCGAGAUCACUCCCCCGAUUGCCCGAGGCUGCUGGCCAUUCAAUUCACUCCCACAUCCAGGGAUGAGGAGAUUGCAAUGGCAUUGCAGGCCGCUGAGUUGCAGAACUCACCGGAGCAGGUGGAAAUGGCGCCUGGCCCGGUGACCUACAGCAUGGUGGAUCCUGUGUGGGGCGAGGUCCUGAAGCAGGAACCUUCCUGCGCCUUCAGAUGUUGUUUCAGCUGUUGCCCAUGCUGCGUGAUCGGAUGCAGAACGCCUGAAGCGAAAAAAGCUUGGCGUCGCUUCCUGUUUUCGAUGUCCUUCAUGUUAUCCAUGGUGCAGGUGAUGAUUCUUGUGGUGGUGAUCGCUUUAGAUGGAGGUUUCGUAUCUUACGAGGACAAUCCCAUGUUGGGUCCUCACUUUCACCGCCUCGAUGCAGCGGGCGCCAAGAACGCGGCCAAAAUCGCGAAUGGCGAAGUUUGGCGGUUGGCCUCUGCCACAAUGUUGCAUGCUGGCUGGAUCCAUCUGGUGGGGAACAUCUUGGUGCAGAUCCGCGCUGGAGUUCAGCUGGAGAUCAUCUGGGGUACUCCAGCAUGGCUAUUGAUCUACUUCUCCUCUGGGAUCUAUGCCAAUUUCUUGAGCUGUGUGCUUCACCCCGGUGCGCUUGGUGUUGGCUCGUCGGGAUGUCUGUGUGGUUUGAUUGGUGGAUGGCUGAGUUUUCUGCUGAUCACCUGGAAUCAAACCAUGCCGCCAUCGUCAGACUACGAGGCCGAGUUAGUGAUGAAAGUGUUGGGUCUCAAUGGCAACAAUCAUGCAUCAAGGACGAUCUAUCUUGAUGGUGAAAGCGGUGAUGAAAUGUCCGAAUCAGAUGAUGGAGUUGGUACGUACGUCGACGGUCCAACAAAGUCUCUGAAGAAGACGAAAAAGAAGAAGCGUUCCAAACGAAAGACGACUCCGGUAGCAGCUGGUGAAGAACUCGAUGAUGAUGAUGACUAUGAACAGUCCAUCCGCGAGGGAGAAAUGGACAUCAAACUCGACAAAGAGAAAGCUGAUGAUGUAGAAGUUGUUGAUGGUCCUCCUCUACCUCCUCCUGAUGGUGAACCUCCUUAUGAUGGGCCUGAACAUCACUCUAUGGGCAAACCUGGUGACGGCAUCAUCUACCUCAGCGACAUCGGCGAGCACGUCAAGCUCGACAAGCGUGGACGACCUUACCGUGUUGGUCCAGAUGGUCGCAAAGAAGUACGAGGGUCACCAAGGCCAAAGAGCAGUUACAGUCCUGAAGAAUGGAGAGCACUAUCUGCUAAGGAGAGAGACGUCAUCAUUCGUCGUGGAAAACUUGAAGAAGAAGCUGAGAAGCUCAAGGAGAUCAAGUUGAAGAAGGAGAAAGAAAAGAAGGCCAAGGCCGAAAUCUCCGAGAAGAAGAAACAUGAUUCAAGUUCCUCCAAAGAUCCAGCCAAAGAUGAAAGUCGGAAGAAGAAGAAAAAGGAUAAUAAGAAGUCAAAGGAGAGCUCAGGCAAAGAUGGUGGAAAGGACGCUGCUGUCAAUGUGGGGACGCUCCGAGGUCGCAACCCAUGGGAAUGUUCGCCGACACCCCAUGGAGCGAGUGACCUCGACGACAUCAAGAAGCGUGAGAAAGAUGAAUUGGCAGGAAAGUUCAGGUUUGGCAAGACCAUUUUGAUCACGGAUCUCAACUACAAGUGCCAAGCGAACUCGGGGGGAACAACGAACAUCCAGUACGGGCUCGAUGAGAUGGGAUAUGUCGUCACGGUCGUUGACAUCAACAGCUUCAAGAGCGUGACCAGAGCCCAGAAGUUCCUCGAUGCAGUCGAGCACUUGAUCAAGAGCGUGAUGCCAAACAUUACGGCCGAGGAGAAUGUGACCAUCCAUUUCUGGAUAUCAUUUGCAUUCCUCAUCACGGACACUCAUCCAUACCACGUUUGGGUUGAGAGGAACUAUGCAGAGAGGCUCGCCGAAGCGAUCCGAAGGGUCGACAAGUUGGCGACGAGACCAAUCUUUGUAUCACUCUGCAAAGAUCCAAGAUUUCAUGGCAUCCGAACGGGCAUUCAGGAAGUCGCCAUCGACUCGGCCGACAUCCUGA